AUGAUGAUUCUUCAAGGCCAUCGCUCUAACUCCCUUUCCUCUGACGAUAAAGCCACCUUAUCUGCAUAUCAAGAAGCCAGACAAUGUCCUCGACGAACCACUAAGCCAUGGGCUCGUGAUUCGCCUUUGGUUUCGCAUAAUUCGGAGCGGCAAGCAAACCUUACACCUUUCAACACCAUGCACAUGCCCCGUCUGGACUCAGUUGGUAGUCAAGAACGUCGCUCACACAUGCCUAUCUGGGAGCCUCUAUAUAUGGAAGACACUCCAGAUAAAACAGAAGAAGAUGAGACACGUAGGAGCCGAAUGUCAACAGAUGCCAAAGGUCCGAAAGAACUCAUCAAGAAUCCUUUUUCUAGUGGUGGUGACGGAGAUGAGAGCAGCAUGGACUACGGUUGUUGCGCUUGGAAGCUGUGCGUGUCUCUUAUGACCGCCAAUUGGAUGUCUCGUGCAAUGUGA